AUGGGGCCGACAUCAGUGCACGAGGGCCGCUGUGGGCUGGACCUGAGACCCACUGGGAUCCAAGGGGACUUCCGGAGCUUUAACUUGAUAAAACAAACGGGAAAGGCUCAGAUAAUCCAGGAUACAGUCAUUGACACUCACCGCAGAAGGAACCGGAAGGACUUUUUCUCACGUGUGAACAUUACUGUCACUAGCCACAGGUCAGAACGCUGCCCACUGACUGGUCAGAACGCUGCCCUCUGA